AUGCAAAUUAAAUUCUUAACUACACUUGCUGCUACCUUAGCUUCAGCAGCUGCCAUGGGAGGCCUUGCUUUCAACUUAGGUGUCCAAGAUAACUCUGGUCAAUGUAAAACCGUUGCUGAAUUCGAAUCUGAUUUAGAAUUAUUAAAAUCAUACACCAACAUCGUCAAAACUUAUGCUGUUUCUGAUUGUAACACUUUACAAAACUUAGGUCCAGCCGCCGAUGCUGAAGGAUUCCAAUUAAUGCUUGGUAUUUGGCCAACCGAUGACGCCCACUUCCAAGCUGAAAUCAACGCCCUUAAGACUUAUUUACCAACAAUUUCCGUCUCAACCAUUAAAGUCUUUUUAGUUGGUUCUGAAGCUUUAUACAGAGGAGAUUUAACCGCUACUGAAUUAGCUGAAAAGAUUGCUACUAUUAAACAAUUAGUUGGCACUAUCAACGAUAAAGAUGGAAAAUCAUUUGGUGGUAUUCCAGUUGGAACUGUUGAUUCUUGGAAUGUUUUAGUUGACGGAGCUUCCCAACCAGCAAUUCAAGGAGCAGAUUUCGUCUAUGCAAAUGCCUUUUCUUAUUGGCAAGGACAAACCAAUCAAAAUGCAUCUUAUUCCUUCUUUGAUGAUAUCAUGCAAGCAUUACAAGUCAUUCAAACUACCAAGGGUUCAACUGAUAUCGAAUUCUGGGUGGGUGAAACUGGUUGGCCAACUGAAGGUACUCAUUUUGAUGAUGCUCAACCUAGUGUCACUAAUGCAAAGAAUUAUUGGCAACAAGCUAUUUGUGCAAUGAGAGCUUGGGGUAUUAAUGUGGCUGUUUUCGAAGCUCUUGAUGAAGCUUGGAAACCAAAUACUUCUGGUACUUCUGAUGUUGAAAAACAUUGGGGUGUUUGGGAUUCAAAUGGAAACUUGAAAUAUCCUAUUGAUUGUAAAUUCGAAUAA